UUGUUUCGGGCCCUGGGCGACCAGCUUGAGGGGCACUCGCGGAACCACCUCAGGUAUCGCCAGGAGACGGUGGAUUACAUGAUAAAGCAGCGGGAGGACUUUGAGCCUUUUGUGGAGGAUGAUGUGCCCUUUGAGAAACACGUUACCAAUCUGGCAAAGCCCGGUACCUUUGCUGGCAACGAUGCUAUUGUGGCCUUUGCAAGGAACAAUCAAAUGAAUGUGGUUAUUCAUCAGCUUAAUGCUCCGCUGUGGCAGAUUCGGGGCACAGACAAAAACAACGUGAGGGAACUGCAUAUUGCAUAUCGUUACGGAGAGCACUACGACAGCGUGAGGAGAAUCAAUGACGAUUCCGAAGCUCCAGCGUACCUUCAGAUGGAUUUGCAGAUGCUUUCCAAAAAUGAAUUGAAUAAGGGGGAGGAGGUGAAGCCACAGAAGGGUGACUCUGAAGAUGAGAUUGAAGUUGAAAUGGAAGAUGCUGUACAAAAAGUGUGUAAUGCAACUGGAUGUUCAGACGUUGAUUUAGUAAGCCAGAUUCUGGAAGUGGAGGACUACAAUAUAGAAUCUGCAAUAUUUGCCAUCUUCCAAAUGAACGAGGUGGAAAGAAUCAAUACUGAGGAGCAGUGUGAGCCCCAGAGCGAAGGCCAGAAAUUGUUUAGCAAAACUGAGUGGGAAGAAAAUGGAAAUGGUUCAAGAAUCUGUGGAAAUCAGACCUUGCAUCAAGAUGAAACAGAAAACAACAAAGGACGGGCUAGACCUGAUGAAGACAAUCGAGCUAGCAGAAGCACAAAGGCAUCUAAAAAACAAAAGAGGGAACAGCAGCGGCUGGAGAAGAAGAAGCGACAGGAAGAAAGACACCGACAAAAGGUCUUGGCCAACAAGAGUGACUGUGCAGACAGCAGCAAGAGAGAGACGGACUCGACCAACCGUGUCACCUUGGUGAAGGCCAUGGCAGCCCUGAACAUAUGA